CAACACAACAAAAUUCAUUCGCUUGACGACGUUCAACGAGUAAAGACGUGCGUAGAAGUUGUGUAACGGUUAAAGGCUUUGUGCUGUGUUGUUUGGUAGUGAGAAAGAAAGGAAGGAAGUGUGUGAAGAGUGAGAAAGAGAGUAACAAUUUGAGAAAGAAAUUACGGCAACGUAAAGAUCUCCCUGUUUAAGUUGUGUGUGUUUAAACUUGGCUUAAAACAGAAAACGCCGCUCUUUGUCUUGUAUAACAGUUUUGCAUGUGAGAACAGUCAAUUGAAGUCACACUUAAUUAACUGAGCAUCAAACGAAGGAGAGCAGAGCAAAACCCAUACCAGUAACUACUUGACUCUUUAAGAAGCAGCAGCUCUUGUGUACGCGACGUCGCGAAGAUACAAAAACGAAAAGAAAAUCAACUUGAAAAGAUCAAGCCAAAGCAUUAAAUUAUUAAGCGUUUCUUUUCCAAUAAAACGUCUCUAACAACGGGCUUAGGGUGUGGUGCAAUAGUUUCUUCUCGUUUGUUUGAAAAACAAAAUCAAUUAAAAAAUUCGAAAAUUAUUAAAGACACAAAAAAAAAAAAAAUAGAAAAACAGAAAAUGUCGCCGUUUAGAAGUAGAAUCGUUAAGCAAAUCUCCAGCAGAAUAUUUGGCCUCCUUGUGACGGUGCUGCUAUUCAGUGGUGUUGUUGUCCAGGCCCAAAGAACACCCACAAUUUCAUAUAUUACCCAAGAACAGAUCAAGGACAUUGGUGGUACGGUCGAGUUUGAUUGUUCCGUGCAAUAUGCCACCGACUAUCCUGUAAUAUGGACCAAAAAUGCUGGUGACUCUGUAUUCCUGUCGACGGGCUCUACAUUGGUUAUAAAAGAUUCGAGAUUUGCCCUGCGCUACGAUCCCAACUCAUCAACAUAUAAACUACAAAUCAAAGAUAUUCAAGAGACUGAUGCUGGCCAAUAUACCUGUCAAAUUGUAAUGUCUGUUACCCACAAAGUCAGUGCCAAUGUAAUGUUGUCCGUGAGACGUCCACCUGUUAUCUCUGACAACUCCACACAAUCCUUGGUGGCCAGCGAGGGAAGCGAAGUCCAAAUGGAAUGUUAUGCCAGUGGCUAUCCAACACCAACCAUUAGCUGGCGUCGUGAAAAUAAUGCUAUUCUACCCACAGAUAGCGCCACCUAUGUUGGAAAUAUUUUGAAAAUUAAAUCUGUCAAAAAGGAAGAUCGUGGCACAUACUAUUGCGUUGCCGAUAAUGGUGUCAGUGUUGGUGAUCGCCGUAACAUCAAUUUGGAAGUUGAAUUUGCCCCCGUAAUCACCGUACCCCGUCCCCGCUUGGGUCAAGCCCUGCAAUACGAUAUGGAUUUGGAAUGUCACAUUGAAGCUUAUCCACCACCAGCUAUUGUCUGGCUUAAGGAUGAUAUCCAGCUGUCCAACAAUCAACAUUACAGCAUUUCCCAUUUUGCCACAGCCGAUGAAUAUACCGAUUCCACUCUGCGUGUUAUAACCAUUGAAAAACGUCAAUAUGGUGACUAUGUGUGCAAGGCGGUUAAUAAAUUGGGCCAGGCUGAGGCUAGAGUAAACCUGUUCGAAACUGUCAUUCCCGUGUGUCCACCAGCAUGUGGUCAGGCCUAUUAUGGUGAUGCUGAACGUGUGGCUGCCACAUCUUUGGCCGCAUUGGGUGUUGUAUUAGCGUUUUUAUUUACCAGAUAAAUCGGUGGACAUGGGGAGACCAUCAGAGAAACACCAGUGAUUGAAAUGAGUGUGUAACGCCGCCAAUUAUAUAAUACAAACAAAAACAAAACAAAAAAUAUAUAACGAACAUCUAUGUAAAGUGAUCAAAUAGAGGUGAGCUUCUAUGGCGAACGAAAAAUUAAAGAAAAAAACGAAACAAAACAUUCCAAAACAACAAUAUAUGUUAUGACUACAUAGAAGAAGACCUUUCCUUCACCACAUAUAUUCGCAAGGUUUUAAAUUAUUGUACGUCCAUCCAUUUUUAAGUUAAUUGUAUUAGCAAUUAAACAAAUGAAAAUGAAUUCAAUUGAUUAACCCUUAACCCGUCCGUUUUUUAUUAUGUAUACUAAAAAAGGAACUCAGCAACAAAUAAAAAAGUGUAAAAAAGGACAAUUGAUAUUUCGUCUUUUUUGCAAGAAUCUCUCUAAUACUUCACAAAUAAAUAUUAUAAUUUUUUUUCAAAUAUCUUCCAUCACCUUCAAAAACAUCACAAAUAAAAAAUUUCAAAAUUAUUAUUUAAGGGAAAAUAUUUUAUAUUUAUUUAAUAAUUUAUAAAAUAUUUUCUUCUUAUUUGCAUGAGACAGUCAAAAAACAACUGCAUAUUUACAUACAAAACAAAAAAACGACUGUUUGUUUUCUUUUCUAUAGUAAUGUAAAAUAAAAUCCAAAAAAUUAAUUAUAUAUCUUUCAAUAUCAUUUUAAAAAUUUUCAAAAGAAAAACAAACACAAUAUAGUAAUUAAGUAUGUUUAAUUUUUUUAAAUGAUAAUCUACAUACAUCAAUCAGUUUUAAUAAGUUUACAAAUCAUGUUCUUCUUAAGGGUAGCACUAUAAAAAAAAAACAAAAAGAUUUUUUUUGAAAACAUUUGACAAAGAGAAUAAAAUAAAACAAUUUUAUACAACUAUUUGUAUAUGUGUAGUUUUUAUAAUAUAAUAAUAUUAAUAAUUUUAUAAAUACUAAGUCUUAAGUUUGUGUAAAACCCUUUCGCUAGAAACCCAUAUGCAAAAAGAAAAAAACAACAGACAUUAUACGUUUCCAUUGAAAACCCUGGGUGUAAAUAUUACUAAGAAAGUUUUAAUUAUUUUAAUAUAGGCAAAAACAAAAAAAAACAACAACAAGUAUAUUAUAUGUAAUCGCCUCAAUUUAUACGAAACAAAAAAAUAUAAAUAAAAUUAAAAAAAAAACAUGAAAA